ACCUCCCGGAGCCUAGCGGGAAUGAGGCGGAAGGGAAGGAGGUCGAGGGAAGGGUGCUGGGUGCUGCGGUGCGGACUGAGCAGGGAAAGGGAAGGAUUCUGCCCAGGAGUGCUUAGCCUGUGCGUCUCCAACAGGGGCUUCUGUCUCAGAACUCAGUGAAGAAUCUCAAUAGGGGUUCCACUAUGGGACCCUUAGACUGGGGCUCUCUGAGUGCCUUUGGAUCUCUAGUUUCUCAGAAGGGGCUUUCCAGUGCUGAAUCCCCCAAGUAUACUUUUUUGUUUUUGUUUUUAAUUUUUUUCCCAAGCAGUAGUAGCAGCCCCUCUAACACAGACCAAGUAGCCCUCAUAAUAGGGAGGGAUGGGACCCUAUGGUGCCUCCCGACCAGGCUGUGUCCCAGUCGCGUGGCGCUGUGGGAUGGUUAUUGACAGUAGGGGCGGCUGUUGGGAUGGUUAUUGACAGUAGGGGCGGCUGUGUUGGGAUGGUUAUUGACAGUAGGGGCGGUCCCCUCUCCGGAAUCAGCGGAGGCGGAAACUUGACUCUUCGGACUUGGGAGUGGCUCUCUCCUUGCCUGGUGCUUAAAAACUUCAGCCGCAGGGCUCCAGAUCUGUUAGCUGCAUCCCACCUUCUUUCCCGGUCAAUCUGUGUGGACAUCAGCUCCUUCUUUGGCAUACUGAUGGCAGCAGAGCACCUGAGUAAACUGGAGGUGGCCAUUGAUACUGUGAUCAAUACGUUCUUCAACUUUGCAAAUGGGAAAGGACGCAAAGACAGCCUGACCAUCAAUGAAUUUAAGGAACUGGCCACUCAGCAAUUGCCUCAUUUGCUCAAGAACAUGGGCUCUCUGGAUGAAAAGAUGAAGACCUUGGUUGUGAAUCAGGACUCAGAGCUGCAGUUCAAUGCGUACUGGAAACUGAUUGGGGAGCUGGCACAGGAGAUCAGCAAGGAGAAGGCCCUGAAGAAGUAAAGCCUGCUGUGGGGAUGGAUGGGGGCCAGCAGGGCCUGCUGGGCAGAGCAAGGCAGCACUCCACCCCCACCCUGCCCCCAAUAAAGCUUCCUCCUUGAAA